AUGGCACUGCGCAGUGAUGAUGAAGUUUUUCAGGCUUCCGACAGCGAGGCCGCUCCGGCACCAGAGCUCAGUUGCCGCUCGCCUCUGCCACGGAGCACAGCUCUCGCGGAACGGGAACACCACUACCAGCUCAAGCGGCAAUCCUUCGUCGAGGAGCUCCUCAAAGGACUUUGCUGGAAGCAGCUGGAGCGGGAGCUCAAGGAGAGAUUUCCGAUUAAGCAGGCCUCGGCUCAGCUUCGCGAGUACCGCAAGGGCCAUGGCAGGGAUCCAUCGAGAACCUUGCUGUACAAUGUUUCGGAGUAUUUAUCUCCGGAGCGACGCGGAGACUUGGAGCAUAUGUCUGCGGCGCUUAGAUGCAUGCUGGAGGAAGACAUGCUGGCCAAUGACUUGGAAUGGCUGGAGCGCUUGCCUGAGGGGCCCAUGCCGGAUCGCCUGGUGGCCAUGCAGUUCUUCCAACGAGCGAUCUAUGCCUCGUUGUUGGAGCAGGCAGGGGCGGCUGAUGCGGCGAUGGUGGCUCAUUUGUCGGUGGAGUUGGCGUCCAACACCUUCUACAAUCCGGCGAUGCGGCUGCUCUGGCCGCUUCUUUCAAGCAAGCAGCAGCUGGAAGUGCAGCAGUGGUUCUUCCGUUUCAGUGCGCACAUGGACGAGCAGCCUCGACCUGAGCCGGCCUCGUCCUCUACGGGGCCCAGCCACGACCCCGUCGGCGAAAGCGACAUCGGCCAGGCCCUGCUCCUCUUCCUGCUGUUCCCGCUGAACCAGGCCACCCUGGUCCCAAGUCCAGGGAUACCUUCCGUGGUUUGCGCACAGCCUGGGAACCCCCUGGAGCUUCAAAUUCUGCGCUCCAUCGCGAAACGAGCUUUCAUACGUGCACAGAAUAGAGCCAUGAACCUAGGAUACACCAAGUAUAAAGGAAGCCUCUCGAGCGAGCGGAAUCUGGAGCUCAACACGUGGCUUCAGACGUCUGCAGGACGCCUCUUGCAUGUUAGGAUUGAGGCUGAUCCCAGCAUUGACUUGGUUGUCGGCUAUCAGUAUGCCUGGUCUGUAUGCGUCACUUGCCGCUGCUUGGUAGUAUACCUCCGCCUCGUAGGCCUCCUUGCCGAUGCCCAGCCGGCGCUCCCUGCGAGAGAACUACUCACGCAAUCCUGGAAGGCGGCCACUGCCACACUGCCACGCGGGCUGCCGAUUGCACCACGUCAGGCCGAUGACCAGCCGGUUCUUCGCUUAUGGCGCCUGCGCGCCACCAUCCGCGAACUUACGCCCCUGGCACGCACCUCGCUCCGCUGCUUGUUCCGCCUCUGGCAUUGCAAGUCGGCACUGCAGGCACAUCAGCGAGAACUGAAGCGCAUUUGCAGGUCCAACAAGAAGAUUCGGUUUGCCAGGAUGCUACAGGAAGCCUCGGACUCGGCCCCCGGACUGCAGAGGGUCUAUCAAAUCCUACGAACCUUUGCACCCAAAACGCCCAAGCGCAGGCUUCAGCUUCGGGCGGCCAAUGGGAUGCCACUCUGCAUUGCGGACACUGUGGCAGCCAUUCGCAGUUUCUACGAUGAUCUCUAUCAUCAGCCACUCGCGAGCAUGCCUCAUCUGAACCCGCCUGACCAACCCCUGCAGAUUGAGCUAGGGGAAUUCCAGGCCUCCUUGGCCACCCUGCCGCCUGGCAAGGCACUGCCUCCUCAUGAGGCCCCUUCCCUCCUCUGGAGACUUGCCUCCGACACUUUGUCAGGGCGUCUUCUCCCUGCCGUCAACCACUGGUUGGCGCACAUGCAUCUCCCCCCACCUUCUGAGUGGCACAUAGCCGACAUAUGCUUGCUGCCCAAACCUCACAAGCCCGUGGCGGGCCCAGAAACAUUAAGACCCAUUUCAUUGCUGCACCCGGUAGCCAAAGCUCUUGCCACCAUCAUCAAUGGUCGCAUCAAGCCUCACCUCCUGCAGCUGGUAGAUGGCCUUCCCCAGUUUUCAUAUUUAGAAGGACGUUCGGUGCAGGAUGCCCUCGACCGGGCCAUGGCUCAUUGCACCCGAGUGCGUUCCAUUCUGAAUGCGCGGCGGCAGAAUGUUCAUCUUAAAAAGCAGGGCCACGCUCCAUCUCCUUGCCGAGGAGGGCUCACCUUAUCGCUAGACCUCCAGCAGGCAUUUGACCUCAUGCCUCGUGACCGGCUCCUAGAAGCCAUGCAACUUGCAGGUAUAGACUACAGUCUACAAUAUGCCAUCAUGCAGUUGCACUUUCAUGCGCAGAUGCGAAUCACGCACGGUGGUCAGUCUGCUGCCAUCGACACAGCUAAUGGUGUAAGACAAGGGUGUGGCUUAGCUCCUUCAUUGUGGUGUUUGUUAACGUGUCUGAUUCUUCAACAUGUAAGCACGCAAGUUGCGCUCUCCGACACUACUGCAUACGCAGACGACUUUUUGUUUCAGUGGAUAGUGAACACGCCCGCGCAGUUCGAUCAAGCUUGCGAGCACAUUUCCUUCAUACUUCGCACCUUUGCACAUUUUGGUAUGAAGGUCAGCCACACCAAAACUGUGGUGCUCAUGGCCCUGAAAGGCCCUCUGGCUGGAUCCACUGCGCGGGCGCACGAGCGCAUGCGCAACUCGUGGGCAGCCUUCAACCGACUGUUGCCAACGCUGAGGCCCAGCAUGGAGGCCCCGAAUCAGCCGAUCCCCACGGAGGCGGACCUCAUCUCGGCCGAGGCUCAGAUGAAGCUGACGCAGAACAUGAUGGCGACAGCCACGGACCCCUCGCAGCUGGGGACAGCAAUUCCCAGCGGACCACCGGGCCCUCUCGGGGAGUUUGUGCAGGCCUCGCAGAACAGCACGGAGGCCCCCUCGCGCGGUACUUCCUCACAGGGCAGCCAGGGCCCAGCGGAAAUGGACACCUCCUCCAGGGACAAGAGGGCAGCUGCGGAGGGAGACAGGGAGGAGCCGACAGCAACUGGCAGGCCUCGUCUGGCGCUGGAGACCGAGGACGACCAGCCGGAUCACUCGGGCAAAGGGUACAAAUGGCCCCGCCUGGACUCCAAGGACAACACAAGGGAAUCCAGAGAUGGUUUCGAAUGGCAGCGCGACCACCGCGAUCACCGCAGCCGACCUCGCCAAGCACGCCAGCCCAGCUAUUGGGGAGGUGCCCGGAGAUCGGAACGCUCCGACCGCACCGACAGGAACGAGCGCUCCCGCGACACGGAGCAGGCACUGCUCAAUCUCUGCUCGGCGCUGACCAAUCUGAGCCUGAGGCACGAGGAUCAGAUGUCUAUCAACCGCUCCCAGUCGAACUACAUUAUGUUCCUGCAGACCAAGGGGAUGCUCACUGUGGUGCCGGAGAUGGUCAAGGGUAUCCAAAUAUGGAAGGAGGCCAGAGAGCAGCAGCCGGGAACCAUCACACUCCCUCUCCGGACUUUCCUGAUGGGGAACUGGCUGAAGCUGCUGCGCACCCGCUUCGAAGCCUGCCUGGCCACGGAGGAAGCCCGCAAACAGGCUCUGGAGAUGCUGGUUCUAGACCCCUCUGGAGCGGUCCCCUACCUGGAGUGGGAUGCACAGGCCAAGGCCAUGAAGAUCAAGAAGGACCGGGAGCCCAUGACUCCCGACCAGAUCCUGGAGCUCGUUCGCCAGAUGGAGGCCAUGAUAUUGGCCCCGCAUGGAAUUAUGCGGUUCCACGCGGCGAGGCAGCUCGACUGGAAUGUUUCGGGGGAGGUCGUCCCUAUGAUGCUGGAGCUGGGAAUCCGGACACAGGAAGCCCACAAGCUAUGGGAGAGCUUCGGACGAUUGAGUCGCAGCGGGGCGACCAGGGUGGUGUCCACCUCCUUGAGGGGAGACAAGAUGGGGCGGUCGGCCCUUGCCAACACGGUGCAGAGGCUCUCCGAAGAGCUGUCCGGAUGCUCAGGUUACGCAAUCUUAACAAUCAUUGCUACAGCCAUGCAGCGAUAA